AUGUUACUCUCCACAGCAUCAACAUUACAACUGACUGGACCAUCUGUAUAUGCAGCCAAGCUGGGGUCUGACGCUCGGGUUCCUUGUCUGUUCAGAGUGGACUAUCCUCCUGUAGAUCCUGAACUUCUAAGGAUAUUUUGGAUCUUCCAAGAUAAAGAAGUCUUGAGCUAUGAUAAAACUGUGAGGAAUAAAUCUCGCAGAUAUUCCCUAAGCACUAAAGCCAUAGGAAGUGGUAUUGCAAAUCUGACUAUUUCUAAUAUACAAAUACCUGAUGGUGGAAUGUACAAGUGUUCAGUGACCUACCGCUCAGAGACGAAGGACAAGGAGGUCCGGUUGGACAUUGGAGCUCCUCCACAGGUAAAAAUCAUACAGAAAACAGUAGUUAUGAAUAAGAAGAGUGUUCUGAGCUGCUCCAUCACUGGAUUCUACCCCAUAGACAUUGAUAUUAGAUGGUUCAGGGAUGGAGACAGACUGGCGGAUAAUGUUAUUAUUGGUGAUCCAUGGAGAAACCCAGACAGAACCUACAAUGUGACCAGCACCCUGACCAUAACACCCACUGAGGGGGACAGAGACCGAAACUUCUCAUGUAGAGUUAGACACGAGUAUCUACAGGAACCUGUGCAAGAAGACUUCCGUCUGGUAUAUGAAGGUAAACUUGUUAGUAAAAUCUCUUUUUCCAUAAAUGGAUUUAUUUAUAAAAAUGUAUCUUCUGUUAAUGUUAGAACGACAACAUUUUAUGGAAUGAAUUAA